CGUACUUUGAGUUUGCACAUAGAAGUCAUACUAGAACUUCUUACAAGAGCGUCGAGUUCGUAUGUAUCGUCUAUCUAACUAACUCUGCCCUUCCAGAGACGACGUGUCGCACUUCGGGACGAGAACAGCGCGAACGAACACCGCGUGUCAACAUGGCCCCUCCCAAUAUGGACUCGCUCCUGGUCCCGGAGCAGCCUGCGCUGCGGCCGCACGCGGGGUUUUGUCUGAAGGCGAAGAUCACGAGCAGUGUGGAUGGAAAGACCAGCCUGGAGGGGAGUCGCAUGUACCUGAAUUUCUGUUCCCACCCGCUGAUCGAAGCCCCGCGGCUGCCGAACGGCAAACCGGCCAGCAAGGAGUGGAUUUUGAAGCACGGCCUGGGCAACAUGCAGGUUCCGCUCGACCUCGGGAGCUACCGCAAGCUGAAGCUGGCGUCGGAGGGAAAGCAGAGCUCCUUCGCGGUCGACGUGGUAUUUCACCCGACGAUGGUCGAGCUUUUCAUGAAUGAGGACUUCAACACCGCGGGACGGGGUUUCAGCGGGGAGGACACCAACCCGUUCCGCCCCUACCUGAGCAACGUGGCUUUCAACAUGAUCGAGCGGGAGCUGAAGGUGAAGCUGAGCCGCGAGGGCAAGGACAUCAAACUGGUGAAAGAGACCAAGUAUAAGGACUACGCACGGGGCGGGCAGGUGCACGACUUCCAGGAAAUCAUGACCGACGAGGCCGUGGAGGAGAUCCGGAUCGAGAUGGAGAAGGAGCUGAAGCAGCAGACCGUCGCGACCUCGGAGGUGAAGUUCAAGGACGACCGCGAGUCGCUGAACCUGAAGCCGGACGAGUUUGUGAUCCGAGAGAGCAAGCCGAAGGCGAAACCGCUGAAGAAGACCAUGAAGGGCUUUCUCAACAAGAAGGGCGCCGAAGGCUCGCUCUACGGCGAGGCCGGCAGCACCGAGGGGGUGCUGCCCGAGAACGCCGGCGACCCCAUGGGCUUCCUGCCGAAGAAGCUCCGGAACACUUGCAAAAUCGUGGACACCAACACGCCGGAAUACCAGGCGGCGGAGGCGCAGCGGAAGGCGGCAGCGGAGACCAACGCCGAGAACAGCCAGAUGAUGAAGGACAUGGAAAAAUGGGCGAAAAAGCAAACGAAAACCUACGACCGCUGGGCCGAGGACAAGCCCAUCGGGAAGUACGACGUGGACUACUCAAAAUUUGACAAAAUGCUGGACGACGAGGAGGACGACCUUGGCGCUGGAGGUGGAGCCGCAAAUGCGCCGAAACGGGACUGGUACAGACUUGAUGUAAGCACUUUCUUGAUAAAGCUAAGCACAAGGACCACAAGAUUUAUCUAUCAACAACACAUACAAAGGGUUGCAGUGAUUUAGUGCUAAAACAUGCACUGUUGGUUUUUUCUUAUCUGCAGGUAUUACGAUUCCUCUGGGAAGCCCCACCCUCUGACGGACAAGGACAAGAAGAGCGCGACGGGGAAGCAAGCGGGUGACUCCGCAGCUCCGUCUAAAUUUGACCUUGCCGACUUCGAUUUCGAAGGCCUGGCGAAGGGCUUUCUGGACCAAAAGCCAGGAAAAGAGCAAUCUGCUGCACCGGAUGGCGUGGAGGUGACAGCAUCAACAGAGAGCGGAGCUCCUGCGACACUUGGAGAUUCGGCCGCCGAAGUAGAGGACGGCGCGAGUCUGAAGUUCUCGGUUGCGGUUGAAGGCGGGGACGAUAAAGCUUCCCUGCUACCGAAAUUGCUCGUCACGGUGACAGACUGCGAGCGACCGCGCGAAGUCGAGCUGGACGCCACGGCCGCGGGUAUUGUCUUGUCCUACGACGGCGGAGUGACCAGAAUACCGCUGCAAGCCAACUCUGUUGCAAAAUCUCCUGCUUGGGCCGUCGAGCCCGGAAAACUCGAGAAAAUACUGAAGUCAAAGGUGCUCGACGUGGACAAAAUCACAGCGAAAGCCUCGACCAAGAAAAAAACGCUGGUCAUCAACGUGCCCGUCAAGGACCCGAUUUCCGAUCUGGAUUAGUAGGUCACAAAGAAACAGCUUGGAUCCUAGACAGCGUAGUGGCGUCGGUUUGCCAUCAAACAGAAAAAAACGACCGUGAUAGAUAUGAAGACCGCCGGACACAGGCACAGCUUCGUCUUGUGUUGCACUUUUUUUUAUAGUUUUUUUUAGGGAGAUGAAGUGGUUAAACAAAGACCGGAAUGAAAACAG